AUGCAGACCUUCAUCCUCAUCAGCGCCAUCAGCGCCCUCGCAGCCUUCGCCCAAGCCGGCACCAUCCAGGCCCGCGACAUCACCACCCUUAGCGCCCCGAACAACCAAUGCUACCAAAUCAAUAGCGCCGAGAACGACGACGUCAGCUCCUUCGCUGUGCAUGACGGUCACACUUGCCGAUUCUUCAAGGACUACUCCUGUGCAGGUGACCACUGGGACUCCUCGGCAGGCGGCAAGCAGAACAUGCCAAACGGUUGGAACGAUGCUGCUAGCUCUAUCCAGUGCUGGUAA